AUGUAUAAAAUGGAAUAUUCUUACCUCAAUUCCUCUGCCUACGAGUCCUGUAUGGCUGGGAUGGACACUUCGAGCCUGGCUUCAGCUUAUGCUGACUUCAGUUCCUGCAGCCAAGCCAGUGGCUUUCAAUAUAACCCUAUAAGGACCACUUUUGGGGCCACCUCUGGCUGCCCGUCCCUCACUCCAGGAUCCUGCAGCCUCGGCUCUCUUAGGGACCACCAGAGCAGUCCAUACGCAGCAGUCCCCUACAAACUCUUCACCGACCACGGGGGCCUGAACGAGAAGCGCAAGCAGCGGCGGAUCCGCACCACGUUCACGAGCGCGCAGCUCAAGGAGCUCGAGCGGGUCUUCGCCGAGACCCACUACCCGGACAUCUACACGCGCGAGGAGCUCGCGCUCAAGAUAGACCUCACCGAGGCCAGGGUGCAGGUCUGGUUCCAGAACCGGCGCGCCAAGUUCCGCAAGCAGGAGCGGGCGGCGGCGGCGGCGGCGGCCGCCGCCAAGAACGGCGCCGCCGGCAAGAAGUCCGACUCGUCCCGCGACGACGAGAGCAAGGAGGCCAAGAGCACCGACCCCGACAGCACGGGCGGCCCCGGGCCCAACCCCAACCCCGCGCCCAGCUGCGGCGGCGGCCCCAGCCCCGGCGCCGCGCAGGGCGCCGCGGGGCCCGGCGGCCCGGGCGGGGAGCCGGGCAAGGGCGCGGGGCCGGGCGCGCUGGCGGCGGCGGGGCCGGGCCAGGGCUGGGCGCCGGCGCCCGGGCCCAUCACCUCCAUCCCGGAUUCGUUAGGCGGGCCCUUCGCCAGCGUGCUCAGCUCGCUGCAGAGACCCGGCGGCACCAAAGGCAGCCUCGUCAAGAGCGGCAUGUUCUGA